ACAUUCACCAGAAGUCUCUGCUUUAUAGGUGGAGCAAUGAGCCCCAUAAACAUGGCAAUCGAACAGCAAAUCCCUCAUAAAAGCACUUCAGCACGGACUUUAACAUGACUACCAGCCGUACAGUCAUAAAGUCCGGAGAGCAUUAAUAUUUUGAUGAAGUGCAUUUUAUGGCUUUAUUUAUUAAACUGAACGUUUCUUUUCCUGUUUAGUAUCUUGAGUUCAUUUGUUUUUAGAGACAUAUUUAUUUAUUGUGUUAAACUUGUGCAUUUGUUCGUGAAGAGUUUGAAAUAAGGAUGGCUGUGUCUAAAGCUACAGUAGCGAUCGUGCUUUUGGUUCUGGGAGGUUUGGGUGUUCUGUUCGGUACCGUGUUGGUGUUUGUCGGACCCAUUAUAAUAGAUGACCAGAUUGUAAAGAAUGUGCAGAUCAAUCCGAAGAACGAUCUCUCCUACACCAUGUGGAAGGACAUCCCGGUUCCGUUCUUCAUGUCUGUGUAUUUCUUUCAUGUUCUUAACCCCGUUGAGAUCCUGAAAGGAGAGAAGCCCAUGUUGCAACAGAGAGGGCCGUAUGUCUACCGUGAACGGCGCUGGAAAGACAACAUCACUUUCCAUGACAACAACACAGUAUCAUAUCGUGAAUUUCGUCAGUAUUUCUUCGAGGAGAGUAUGUCUGUGGGAGAUGAGUCUGAUGUGGUCACCAUCCCCAACAUGCUUGUCCUGGGCGCUUCUGUAAUGAUGGAGAACAUGCCGUAUGCUUUUCGCUUGCUGCUCAGCACCACCUUCAUGACCUUUAAUGAAGGAGCGUUCCUAACCAAACCGGUGGGAGAACUCAUGUGGGGCUACGACAGCAAGUUGGUGGACUUUCUGAACAAAUAUCUGCCGGGCAUGCUGCCUUCCAGCGGGAAGUUUGGACUGUUUGCCGAGUUUAACAACUCCAACACGGGGGAGUUCACAGUCUUCACGGGUCAAGGGGACAUCCGGAACGUUCAUAAAGUCGAUUCCUGGAAUGGUUUAAAAAGCGUGAAUUAUUGGAGAACGGAGCAGUGUAACAUGAUCAAUGGAACCGCUGGACAGAUGUGGCCACCGUUCAUGACCACAGAAUCAACACUGCCCUUCUACAGCCCUGAUGCGUGCAGGUCAAUGGAGCUGGUGUACGAGAGGCCGCUUGUGUCACGUGGGAUCCCCGUGUUCCGUUACGUGGCCCCAAAGACCCUCUUCGCCAACGGUUCAGAUUAUCCUCCCAAUGAGGGCUUCUGUCCGUGCAGACAGUCGGGUCUUCUGAACGUCAGUAGCUGCAGACACAAUUCGCCCGUGUUUAUUUCUCAUCCACACUUUUAUAACGCUGAUCCUGACCUGUUGAACACCGUCUAUGGACUGAGCCCGAACGAAGACGAUCACGGGCUUUUCAUUGAUAUUCACCCGGAGACCGGAGUGCCCAUGAAUGUGUCCAUCCGUCUGCAGUUGAACCUGCUCAUGAAGAGCGUGUCUGGAAUCUCAGAGACGGGGAAGAUACAAGAGGUGGUGAUGCCCAUGAUCUGGUUUGGAGAGAGCGGGUACAUUGACGGUCCCGUCCUCAACACAUUUCGUACCAAUCUGGUGGUGUUACCCAUGGUCAUGGAGUACAUGCAGUACAUCUCCAUCUCCCUCGGACUCGCUUUCAUUCUGAUAGCCACCAUCUUAUACCUCAAUGAGAAGAUAUCCAGAGACAAGAAGAAAUCUAAUCUGAUACAAGCGGAAAACGUAAAAGAUACAAAACACGAGUCGAGCACCAAUGAGCAGCAGGCAGACAAAUGUGUCAUGAGCGAUACAGGUAAAAAGUAAGAUGUGCGUUCAGCCGUGUACAGAUGUGAAUCCAGACGGUUCAGUCCAUGAGAAGAGUCCUCUACUAAACAACACAGAGACAUAAGAGCAUCCGUCCACAUUACAACUCAAUGCCUUACAAUCCCACAAUCCUCUGGACAUGACAUGUUUGUUUUAUUGGGUGUGGGGCUUGAUAACCAGCAAAGACUGUCAUAAUAAACGGGGAUUUGAUGUGGAAUUUGAACUCUUCUGAGUUUUUUGCACCGGAGAGAAUGACCUGUUGGAUUUGUGUCUGAUAUAAACGUGAGCGGAUGAGCAUUAUGGUCAGGAUAGAUUAAAAGCGCUUUCUGUAUUUCAGUUGUUCUGUUUAUUUUUAUUUAUCUUGGACACUUCACUCCUGAUGAAAUACCUCAAAGCAGAGAGUGUAUUUGAAACGACACAUUCACAACAUAUUAUGACGCUUCGGUGAAAUGAAUCAUGAGGGUGGAGAGAUAUCUAAAGCAACCUUUAUACUGUAAAAAAGAGAAAGUGUUGUGGAUGCAACAUGUCAUCAAACCCCUAGAAAGCAGAAAAUGCUGACAGUUCUCAAUAUGUGAUAACAUAUCUUGGCCCAGUGUUUUAAAAUCCUGACUGUGAAGUCACUUGUGUUUAAGGCCUGUGCAAUAUUCUUUGAUACUUGUGUCAUGUUUGACUGUUCUUUUAUUAGUCUAUUGUUUAAGAAAUAAAGCUUGCAGUUUUUAAGAAAUGUAUUAAUAUAGAGGUGCCAAAAACAAGGAUAGUGUCAUUUGCAUAAAUCCACGUGACUCAUCCUUGAUAAAUGUUUGUAUUCUUUGA